AUGGCUGGUUCUCCAAGUGUUGGAAAAACUGCCACACGGAUUCAGCUAUUGCUGUGGAAAGGAGCUGCUGCUGUCGGGGAAGCAGUGACAUUCAAGGAUGUGGCUGUGGUCUUUACUGAAGAGGAGCUGGCAGUACUGGACAAGACCCAGAUGAGCCUGUACCGAAAUGUGAUGCUGGAGAACUUCAGGAACCUCGUCUCAGUGGGAGACAGAAUUAAAAGCAACGUUUCAAAUCUUCAGGAGAAAGGAUUGAGUUACCUCUCACAAGAAGUGCUCUACUGCUGGCAGAUUUGGAAACAAAGACUCAGUGACUUAACUGAGAAUAAGGAUUAUGUCAUAAAUCGUCAAGGAGUUUGUCCCCAACUUUUAGAAAAAGGUGUCUCCUUCUGUGAAGAAUGGGCAAGAGUGUUUCUUCAGAUUUUGGAAAAUGAAACUGUGGUAAAUGCAAUUAAUUUAGAAAACCCAUCAGCUUGGAAAGGGCUGACACAGGUUCUGACCUCAGAAUCUUGGAGAAAAACCAGCAUCAUGACUGAGCCCCAGAAUUCUCAGGGAAGGUGUAAGGAAAUUCAUGUGGAAAAGAAAGUGUAUGGAUGUGAUCAGUGUGAUGAGAGCUUCGAUUGGACCUCACGUGGUCGUGAUAAUUCCCAAGAAUGUAAAGGAGUGGAAUGUUGUAGAUGCAACAACUGUGGGAAAAAGUUGGUUAUGAAAACAGUUGGACAGUAUAAGGUAGUCCAUACAGUACCAAAACCUUUCAAAUGUAAUCACUGUGGCUUCACAGAUGAUUUAAAUCCUCACACUCAUCACAGCACUCGCAUAGGAGAAAAAUCUUAUAAAUGUGACCAGUGUGGACAGGACUUUAGUCCGAGCUCAGAUCUUGUUCCUGAUAAAACCCAUUCAGGUGAGAAACCUUAUAAAUGUCACGAGUGGGCCAAGGGCUACAAACAGAGCUCAUACGUUUUCAGACAUCCAAAAGUCCCCUCAGGAGACAAAUCCUAUAAAUGUGAUGAGUGUGGUAAGGGCUUUAGGCAGACCUCCUCUCUGCACAACCAUCACCGAAUUCAUGCAGGAGAGAUGCCCUACAAAUGUGAUGUGUGUGAUAAGGGGUUCGGACUCAGGUCAUUGCUUUGUAUUCAUCCGGGAGUGCACACAGGAAAAAAACCCUAUAAAGGUGAAGAGUGUGGGAAGGCCUUUGAUCAGAGCUCUAAUCUUCUUGUCCAUCAGCGGGUACACACAGAUGAGAAACCCUACAAAUGCAGUGAGUGUGGUAAGUGCUUUAGUUCCAGCUCCGUUCUUCAAGUCCACCAGCGGCUGCACACGGGAGAGAAGCCGUAUAGGUGUAAUGAGUGUGGAAAGACCUUCAGCCAAAGCACACACCUUCAUAUCCACCAGAGGGUCCACACAGGAGAGAAACCCUACAAAUGCAACGUGUGCGGCAAGGGCUUUGCAUACAGUUCAGUUCUUCACACUCAUCAGAGAGUUCACACUGGAGAGAAACCUUACAGAUGCGACGUGUGUGGAGAGGGCUUCAGUUAUAGCUCAUAUUUUCAUUUGCAUCAAAGAGAUCACACAGGAGAGAAACCCUAUAAAUGUGACGAGUGUGGUAAAGGCUUCAGCCGGAAUUCAGAUCUUCAUGUUCAUCUCAGAGUCCACACAGGAGAGAGGCCCUAGAAGUGUAAAGAAUGUAGUAAGGGCUUCAGUCGCAACUCAUAUCUUCUUGCUCAUCAGAGGGUGCAUAUAGGCGAGACACAAUAUACAUGUCAUGAGUGUGGCGAGGGUUUUAGUUAUAUCUCAGACCUGCUUACUCAUCAAAGACUGCAUACAAGGACAGAAGCAUGA